AUGUCCAGUGUCCCAAUUCACGAUCGCAACACUGCCCCGAACGCUUACGAUGAGCGAUUGCACUGUUCUGAUAUCUUACACCUGCUGCAGACUAUCGCAAGUCGUCCCCACGUCCAGGCCGGAGAUCUGUACCCAGAACGCAGCAUCACACAAGUGAUUCCUGCGCAACGACGUACAUCGUCGAUGAUAGUCUACACGGGCCAGCAGAUCGACAACAGAAGCCAGUACCGGAAAUUGACAAGUGGAUUUGACGAUUUCGUUUCCAAAAUAGAAGACCCAUCAGCCAUGCAGGAAAUUCCAAAGCCGCCGGGACUCGGUACCCAAGUUGUCGAAGGUCUCCAACAGCCACUCACACCACCGACGGCCAAAUCGGAACAUAAACACUCAGAAGCAGCCUCGUCUGCGACUUUGGGGUCUAUUCAGAUUGAAGAUGACGGCUGCCCUUCUGUCAUAGAUGAUGAUUUCUCUCAGGAUGGAGACACCGGGGGGUCGCUCGCUACGCUCCUACGAAAGGUCUACAAGAACGAUCUUAAGUUUGCUGAGAAGUUGAUUGCGUCGAUACAGCAGCUUCCAGUACGUGAGCAACGGUUUCUAGAAGCCCCCGGUGACUUCAUACUCCAGAGCACAUCACCAAUCGAUGAUUCGAUAACAGAGACCGAUGAGGUUUCGGAUGCCGAGGCCUCAGGAUCCGUCUAUCAUGGCACACCACACACUGACGGUCAGAGCCGGCACCACUAUAACGACUUGGAAGAGACGCCCACCUCGUCGCAACCAGCCGAUUCCGGCAAAGACGCAUCCUCAGCUGGCCCUAAAAGGCCUCGAAGUAUAGACGAUCUUCAUAGCACGAAGCGUCAGAAAAACUCUGGGAAAGGCAAGGAGAGGGCCGGCAACAGCGAGGAGAAGGCCGGCAACAGCGAGGAGAAGGCUGGCAACAGCGAGGAGAGGGCUGGCAACAGCGACAGCGAGGGCGAGGAUGAAGGCAAUGAGGCUACUUCAGACACCUCAGGGAAGCACAAAACGCCCGCAGAGGAUCUGCCAUGGCCUUGCCCUUAUUACUGGAAAUUUUCUAGAGGCGAGAGACAAACCGUGAGCUCUGCCUGCUAUCCCAGGGGAAAUCGACCGCGAUAUCUAUGGAGGGAACACCUUCGAUCUAUUCAUACAACCCAGGGAAAGAGUGGCUCGUCGAAACACAUCAUGGAAAAUGAACAGUGGUCCGAGGUCAAAUUAGCCAUCAAACAAGCCGCCAGAAAGCGUCCUCGGGUGCCCGAACGGCGACUUGCUUGGGCCGAAGAACUCUGGAAAAAAGUGUACACUAUCCUGUUUCCCGACUCUGAUCCGCCAGACCAUCCUUGUAAGAACCCGACACUGCCGAGAAGCAGUCAACGAGAAGCCUCACCCUUUAGGGAAAGCGUCCGCAGCCGAGCUGCUACCCUCGCCAGCGUCGCCGAGUCGGGCCAUGUUCGAAAAGGCUAUCACCAUCAGCACACAGAAGGUGCUAUGUGA